CCUGACUGAUGGCAGUGCCUGUUCGCUCAGACUCAGACAGGAAAUUUUCCCAUUUUUAAACCCGAUUUUCUCCGUGUCUUUCCCGCAUCUGUGCUUGUUCUUGACAUGGCUGCAACCGUGAGCAUCAACCCCGCCAGCCCACCGAUAGGUGUGUUGCUGGCUGUAGAACACCUGAAGGACUCUGUCCCAGUCCAGGUCCAAGAAGGCAAGAAUACUGGACUCAAGGUGAACGGGGAUGUGACAUUCACCACUGUCCCAUCCAUCUGCCGCUACCUGGCACGCCUGGCACCUGGGAAACACCUGUAUGGCAGCAACAGCCUGGAGGCAACCGAGGUCGACCACUGGCUGGAGUUUAGCGUGGGACGACUCGGCUGUCCCGCAGACUUCACCGAUGCCGUGCAGUACCUCAACCAGGUGCUAGGGCCACGCACCUUCCUGAUUGGUCACGCUGCAACCCUGGCUGACUUUGCUGUAUGGGGAGCCCUUAGAAGCAACAACGUCUGGUUGAACAUGUUGGAUCGUGGGAAGGCCUCGCCCCAUGUCGCUCGUUGGUUCCGCUUCCUGGAGGAGCAGGCCGAGUUCAAGGCUGUUGCCAUGGCACUGCCUGCCAAACCUGAGUCCAGCAAGUUAGAGACACGUAAACAGGACCAGGGGAAGUUUGUGGAGCUGCCAGGUGCAGAGAUGGGGAAGGUUGUGACCCGCUUUCCUCCUGAGGCCAGUGGGUACCUGCAUGUGGGCCAUGCCAAGGCAGCCCUGUUGAACCAGUAUUAUCAGCAGGCCUUCAAGGGAAAACUCAUCAUGCGGUUUGACGACACCAACCCUGCCAAAGAGAGUGCUGAGUUUGAGAAGGUGAUCUUAGAAGAUAUCGCCAUGCUGGACAUCAAGCCAGACAUCUUCACGCACACCUCCGACCACUUUGACCGUAUCCAAGGUUACGCGGAACAGCUGAUCCGCGCUGGGCUGGCAUAUGUGGACGAUACGGAGGCAGAGGUCAUGAAGCAGGAGCGUGAGCAGAAGGUCAACUCCAAGAACCGUGGCAAUGCUGUGGAGAAAAACCUGGCCAUGUGGGAGGAGAUGAAGAAGGGGUCAGAGGUCGGACAGCGCUGCUGUCUGCGAGCCAAGAUUGAUAUGCAGUCUGCAAACGGCUGUAUGCGUGACCCGACGAUCUACCGCUGCAAGACCGAGUCUCACGUACGCACAGGCACCAAGUACAAGGUGUACCCGACGUAUGACUUUGCCUGUCCAAUCGUGGACAGUGUGGAGGGCGUGACCCACGCGCUGCGGACUACAGAGUACCAUGACCGUGAUGACCAGUUCAACUGGUUCAUCGAGAAGCUGUCGCUGCGCCCGGUGCACAUCUGGGAGUACAGCCGGCUGAACCUGCAGAACACUGUCAUGUCCAAACGCAAACUCACCUGGUUUGUGGACCAGGGACUGGUGGACGGAUGGGAUGAUCCCCGGUUCCCCACAGUUCGAGGUGUGCUGCGGAGAGGCAUGACUGUGGAGGGGCUCAAGCAAUUCAUCGUAGCACAGGGCUCUUCUCGUGCAGUGGUGGUCAUGGAGUGGGACAAGAUCUGGGCCUUCAACAAAAAGGUGAUCGACCCUGUCGCUCCCCGCUUCACGGCACUUCAGCGGGAAGGAGCUGUGGUCGUCAACCUUCCGCAGGCCAAGGAGGAGAUGAAGGAAGCUCCCAAGCACCCCAAGAACGCUGAUGUAGGGCAGAAGCAGGUGUGGUACUCCUCCAGGGUGUACAUAGAUGGGGAGGAUGCUGCCACCCUGUCAGAAGGGGAGGUCGUGACCUUCAUCAACUGGGGAAACAUCAUCAUCAAGAAGAUCAACAAGAACAAGGCUGGAGCUGUCCAGUCCAUUGAUGCAGAGCUAAACCUGGAGAACACGGACUAUAAGAAGACGACAAAGCUCACCUGGCUCGCAGAAACUCCACAGGCCCCCUUCACUCCCACCGUCGUCACACACUUUGAACACAUCAUCUCCAAGGGUGUUCUGGCCAAGGAGGAUGAGUUCAAGAACUUUGUCAGCAAAGACACAAAGAUGGAGACAGUGAUGUUGGGAGACCCAUGUCUGGCUCAGCUGAAGAAAGGUGACAUCAUCCAGCUGCAGAGGCGUGGCUACUACAUCUGUGAUGUUCCCUACCAGCCCCCAAGUCGGUACACCUGCCAGCCCACCCCCUGUGUCCUGUUCCACAUCCCAGACGGACAUCAGAAGGAGAUGCCAACAGCUGGCUCCAAAGCCAAGUCCAAGGCAGCAGCGGGUCAGAAGAAGCCAAAGACAAAGGCUGACAAGGUGCAGAAGGCUGCCUCUAAGAAGGAGCUUCCAUCUCCCAAGGAGGAAGCAUCUCCCAGCUACAGCCCAGCAGACGAGCAGGCUCUAAGUGACAAGGUCGCUGCUCAAGGUGACUCCGUCAGGCAGCUCAAGGGGAAGAAAGCAGACAAGGCUGAGGUUGAUGCUGCUGUGAAGGUUCUCCUGAGUCUUAAGGCUGAAUACAAAACCCUGACAGGGAAGGACUGGAAGCCUGGCGCUAAGAAGGAGACUGGAGCCGUUCCCUCGGCCAGCCCGGCAGCCAGUCCUGCUGAUGUGGAGGCUGUGAAUGACAAGAUUAAGGCUCAGGGUGAGAAGGUCCGACAGCUCAAGACAGCAAAGGCAGAAAAGGCCCAGGUGGAUGCAGAGGUGAAGGUUCUCCUGGCGCUGAAGGCCGACUACAAGAACCUGACGGGGAAGGACUGGAAGCCUCCCAAGGCGGACGAUGGGAAGAAGAAACAGGAGCAGAAGGAGGGGAAGAAGGGCCAGAAACAGGAGAAGACGUCUCAAGAGAAGGCGGCCGUGUCCAGUCCUGAGGUGGAGAAACUCAAGGCUCAGAUAGAGGAACAGGGGAACAGGGUGCGCCAGCUAAAGGGCAGCGGGGCAGAUAAGGCCCAGGUGGAUGCUGAGGUGAAGCAGCUGCUGGCACUCAAGGAACAGUACAAGACUCUGACAGGGGAGGACCUCACUCCAGCAGGCGGCAAGAAGAGCAAGAAGGAACAGAAGAAGGAAAAGGAACAGAAGAAAGAGAAGGAGCAGAAGAAAGACCAGCCCAAGAAGGCCGCCAAGGAGGCAAGCAAGCCAGAAGGAAGCAUGCCGGGCCCUAAGAAAGUCACCAGACUCGGUCUGGAGGCGAAGAAGGAGGAGAACCUGAGCGACUGGUACUCCCAGGUCAUCACCAAGUCUGAGAUGAUCGAGUACUACGACGUCAGCGGCUGCUACAUCCUCCGCCCCAUGUCCUAUUCCAUCUGGGAGAAGAUCAAGGACUUCUUUGACGCUGAGAUUAAGAAGAUGGGUGUGGACAAUGUGUACUUCCCCAUCUUUGUGUCACAGUCUGCACUGGAGAGGGAGAAAACACACAUUGCUGACUUUGCUCCAGAGGUUGCCUGGGUGACCAAGUCAGGUGACACGGAUCUGGCUGAGCCCAUCGCGAUCCGCCCCACCAGCGAGACAGUCAUGUACCCAGCUUACGCCAAGUGGAUCAAGUCUCACCGAGACCUGCCAAUCAAAUAUAACCAGUGGAACAACGUUGUGAGGUGGGAGUUCAAACAUCCACAGCCGUUCCUGCGCACACGUGAGUUCCUGUGGCAGGAGGGGCACAGCGCCUUUGCCUCCAAGGAUGAGGCUGAUGAAGAGGUUCUGGCGAUCCUGGAGUUGUAUGCCCGUGUGUAUGAGGACCUGAUGGCCAUUCCUGUGAUUCGGGGAAGGAAGACAGAGAAGGAGAAAUUUGCUGGGGGAGAUUACACCACCACAGUGGAGGUUUACAUCUCGGCCAGUGGCAGAGCCAUUCAGGGCGCAACUUCUCACCACUUAGGACAGAACUUUUCCAAGAUGUUUGAAAUUGUGUAUGAAGAUCCUGAGAAGCCUGGAGAGAAGAAGUUUGUUUACCAGAACUCGUGGGGCAUCACCACCCGCACCAUCGGGGUCAUGGUCAUGGUCCACGGAGACAACAAGGGGCUGGUCAUGCCUCCGGUCGUCGCACGCGAUCAGGUAGUGGUGAUCCCCUGUGGUGUCACAGCCAACCUAUCGGAGGAAGACAAGGAGAAGCUGAUGAAGAAGUGUCAGGAGUACCGGAAGGUUCUGCGUGACGCCGGCAUUAGGGCCACGGACGACCUCAGGGAUAACUACUCACCUGGUUGGAAGUUCAACCACUGGGAACUGAAGGGCACUCCCAUCAGGAUUGAGGUUGGCCCACGUGACAUGAAGGAGAACCAGUUUGUGGCUGUGCGGAGAGACACUGGUGAAAAACUGACCGUGCCAGAGGGCAAAGCCACUGAGAAGAUCAAGGAGAUCCUGGACACCAUCCAGGCUGACCUCUACAGCAGGGCCAAGAAGGAUCAGGAUUCACACAUGGUGGCCAUCGACACCUGGAGUGACUUCUGCGCUAAUUUGGACAAGGGCAUGAUUAUCCAGGCUCCAUACUGUGGAGCGAUACCAUGUGAGGACAAAAUCAAGAAGGACAGUGCAAGGGACCAAGACAUCGAGCCAGGGGCGCCCUCUAUGGGAGCUAAGGGGCUGUGCAUCCCCUUCAAGCCGCUGAAGGAGCUCCAGCCAGGGACAAGGUGCAUCUGCGAGGGCUGUGACAAGGAUGCCAAGUACUACACCCUGUUUGGCCGCAGCUAUUAGAGGUCAAAGUCAAGGUCACCUGUGAUGUCUGUCGGGAAGUGGAAUUGGGGGUAUUGGUCAAAGAAAAGGGCAAAGAAAAUAACUAUACAUGUAUAAUCAAUGACACAUCAAUUUGCAGAUUGAAAUUUCGGCCAGAUAAGUUAUCUUUACUUAAACACCAACUGUGAAGAUUUCCAGCUGUGACUACAGGAGAAUGAUGUCGAAAAUCAUGUCUGCUCCACUACUGUCGGAAGGUACCACGACAGGGCAGGAAAUAAAUAAUUUUUAUCAGCA